CACCUAUUAGUCAAUUGCCCAAAUUCCCAACUCAACCCCCUUUGUCUCCUUUUACACUUUUCAGUUCAGUUCAUGGCCUGAAUGAAUUACUGACACCUCUAAAUCCUCCCAAAACUUCCCUUUUCACCGUCUUCUCCUCCGGUCAACUCCACCCCUUCCCAGGUAUUCUUUCUCUUUAUCUUUUUCAUUUCCUUUUUUCAUCUCUUUGUUCAAUUUUGUCUAAAGCGCCCAACGUAAAUUUCAAUCGUUCCCUCUUUCCAUAAAAUUGGCUAAUUUCUGCUUCCAAAAGGUUGGGAAAUGGAAUGGAUGGUUACUAUGAACCUGCUCCAUUUUUCUGGAUUGAAGAAGGCGGCACGCAAGCUUCUACUCCACGAACAAGAAAAUAUAUCAAAAAGAAAAGGGAAUAUGUGGGUUGGGGUUCGAGGGAGCUAAUUGAAUUCCUCAACUCAAUUGGCAAGGAUACAAGCAAGUCACUCUCCCAAGGUGAUCUCACUACUAUUGUCAAUGAGUAUGUGAAUCUGAAACAAUUGACAAACCCGAAGAAUAAGAGGAGGGUUUUAUGUGAUGAAAAGCUGCAAACACUUUUCGGAAAGAAAAAGUCUGUCUUGAAGAAUAAAAUAUACGAUCUCUUGGACCCUCACUUGGCUGAGAAUCAGGUAGGUUCGGACGACAACCUUUGGGGUAGCUCUGAUGAAUAUGACGAGGAGACUUUUUCUGUAGCUAAGAAGCAGAAAAAUUCUAACUCGGAGAAGAAACCACAGCUGAAAAAGAAGGCUCCAGAAGUUUCAAAAAACUCCUUAGCAGCUAUAAAUGCCGAAAACAUAAAACUCGUGUUUUUGAAAAGGAGUUUAGUUCAACAGUUACAAAAGCAUCCAGAAGCAUUUGAAAGUAAAGUAGUUGGGAGCUUUGUGAGGGUCAAGUCAGACCCUCAUGAUAUCUUUCAAAAGAAUUCUCAUCAACUUCAACCUGUCACAGGUGUCGUGGUAGUGGAUUCGUUGGGUGAUGGUUCAACACUUCUGCAAAUUUCGAGCAUGACAGAUGACAUUCACAUAUCUGAACUGUCAGAUGAGAAUUUUUCUGAGGAUGAAAUUGAAGAUUUGCAUAGAAGAUUUAAGGAUGGUCUACUAAAGCAGCCUACUGUUGGUGAACUUGAGCAGAAAGUAACUAUUUUGCACGAGGACAUAAUAAAACAUUGGCUAGCAAGAGAGCUCGUGCUUCUCAAGAAUCUUGCAGAUCGUGCUAACGAGAAGGGGUGGCGAUAUAAAGUGGCUGAGUACCUGGAAAGAAGGAACCUACUCGAGUCACCUGCUGAACAAUCUCGCUUGUUCAGUGAGAUACCGAAGGUGAUUCCUGAAGAAGUUAAGUUAGAAGCAAUUGCUGAGUGUGCCCCUGACGAUUCACCUAAAGCUGCUGACUGGGACUGGGAAUUCUUUGAUUCACCAAAAGAAGAUUUGAUGAAUCCAGAGGUUAUAACUAAGCAUGAUAUUCAAGCAAGUCCGAGAACUUCUGGUGAUGAUGACUCUGGCAAUACUGCAACUGAAGUCACCACGAGAAGCAAUGGCAAUGCUCACCCAGUGGCAGAACUAAACAAUGGACAUGCCGAGUCUCUGGAAUUAGAGAAAAGAGAAGCUCCUCAUAUUGAAGCAAUUAGGUUUACUAGCAAGAGUCACAACCCUGCUGACAUCCCAAACACAGAUACACAGCAAGAAAAUUUUUGCCGUGAAGCAAUUACAAUGACAAGCAACAGUCAUAACCAUGUUGGUAUCGUAAACACAGGACAAGAAAGUAAAUACCCACUGCAGCUCCCAAACACAAAAGAAACAGGAGGGGCUAGGGUCGUGAUUGAUUUGAGUGAUGAUGACGACGACGAUGAUGAUAAAGAUAACACCCCAGGUGAUGGGGUACAAGUUCAAGGAAAUGGUGGGAUCCAAGUUCAGCGAAAUGGCGGGAACCAAGUUGAGUGGGUGGGUGGGAUCCAAGUUCAGGGGAAUAGUGGGAUCCAAGCUCAGCAGACUGGUGGAAUCCAAGUUCAGGGGAAUGGUGGGACCCAAUUUCAGCGGACUGGUGGGUUCCAAGUUCUGGGGAAUAACGGGAUCCAAGUUCAGCAGACUGGUGGAAUCCAAGCUCAGGGGAGUGGUGGGACCCAAGUUCAGCGGACUGGUGGGUUCCAAGUUCUGGGGAAUACAGCGAUCCAAGUUCAGCAGACUGGUGGAAUCCAAGCUCAGGGGAAUGGUGGGACCCAAAUUCAGGGGAAUGGCGGGAUCCAAGUUCAGCGGACUGGUGGGAUCCAAGUUCAGGGGAAUAAUGGGAUCCCAAUUCAGCGGUUUAGCGGGAUCCAAGCUCAGGGGAAUAGUGGGAUUCCAGUUCAGCGUUUUGGCGGGAUCCAAGCUCAGGGAAAUGGCGGGAUUCAAGUUCAGGGACCUCUUCCUGAACAGUUAGUGUGGCAUUAUUUUGAUCCUCAGGGCAGAGUCCAAGGGCCAUUCUCCUUGUCAUCUUUGAAGCGGUGGAGUGAUUUGAACUAUUUCCCUGUUGAUUUCAGAGUUUGGUUGAUUGGUCGCAGUCCCCAGGAUGCAGUUCCAUUGGCUCUACUUCUUCAGCAGGUUUUUCCAAAUUGAUUAUAGGUCAUGUACAUAUGACUGUCGAGAAUAACUUUUCUCAAGUGUAGCUUUAACUGUAAAAAUCCGACCAAUUCUUAGGUGUAGCCUUUUGUUUGAAUGUCAGUUUAUUGUAGUAUUUGUAAGUCAUUGAUGAGAAUAGUGUCUUGGCAGAUUUGGUUCUUCCAGCUCAUGUUACUUGGAACUAGACUAUAGUUUAUUACAUGAAAUAAUUAUUGAUUUUUUCUUUCUUCA